CACUGGCUCUUACUGGGACGGGCACUGGGGCUGGGACUGGGACCGGUCCUUACUGGGACUGGUUCUUACUGGGGUUGGCUUCUCUUGCUUUUUACUGGUUUUCACUGGGACUGGUUUUUACUGUUUUCACUGGUUUUUACUGGUUUUCAGUGUUUUUACUGGUUUUCACUGGUUUUUUACUGGGGGGACCCGAGAGGGGCUUGCGCGCCGCGGGGGGGCGGGGCCGGAGCGGCGAGGCUCCGCCCUGCCCGCUACGUCACAGCCGUUGUGUGUGACGUCAUCGCUGUGCGCCGCGGGAGGAGCGCGCGGGUCGGCGCCGCCAUGAGCAGCGACCUGGACGUGUUCGUGGGGAACACAACGCUGAUCGACGAGGAGGUGUACCGGCUGUGGCUGGACGGACACUCAGUGGCCGAGGCGGUGGCGCGGCGGCUCCGGGGCGGGGUCCUGGAGCGCGAGGGGACCUCGGUGGCCGUGCUGCAGAGCGACACCCGCGACCACUACAGAACCUUCCAGAUGCUGGAGCGGCUCCUGCACGCCCCGCCCCGGCUGCUGCAGCAGCUGCUGUUCCAGAUCCCCCCCGAGCGGCAGGCGCUGCUCGUGCAGCGGUACUACGCCUUCGACGAGGCGCUGGCCCGGGAGCUGCUGGGCAAGAAACUCUCCAAGGGCACCAAGAAGGAGCUGGACGAGGUCAGCGCCCGCACCGGGGUGGGGAUCCGCAGCUGCCGCCGCCAGGGACUACGCCGCCAUCGUGUUCUUCGCCAACAGCCGCUUCGAGACGGGCAAGAGGCGCCUGCAGUUCCUGAGCUUCGGGGACUUCGCUGCCUGCGCCCAGAGCAUGAUGGGCCACUGGAGCCAGGGGGCCCUGGCGCCCGAGGCGGCCGAGCCCGACGGGGACCUGCCCAAGUCCUUCCUGCAGGACCUGAAGGAGCUGAAGGUGCUGGUGAGCGACAAGGACCUGCUGGACCAGCACAAGAGCCUGGUGUGCUCGGCCCUGCGGGGGAAGAUCUCGGUCUACAACGAGCUGGAGGCCAAUUUCAAGGCGCUGUCGCGGGCCCUGGUGAACGUGGGGGGGAAGCUGACCCACGCCCGCGACGUGCGGGAUUUCUUCGUGGACCUGGUGGAGAAGGUGAUCGAGCCUUGCCGCUCCGACAAGUGGAGCCUGGGGGACCUGCGGCUCUUCCUGACGCACUAUACCGCGGCCCCCCGAAACCUGCCGGGCUUCAGGCACCAGGCGCUGUGGGAGCGCUACAUGGCCGCCAUCACCGCCUGCCUGCUGCGCAUGUACCACGACUGACCCCAGACUGCGCCCCAAAACAGCACCCCAGAGAGGGACACUGCACCCCAAAACGGUGCCACAGAGAUGGACACUGCCCCCCAAAACAGCACCCCAGAGAGGGACACUGCACCCCAAAACAGCACCCCAGAGAGGGACACUGCACCCCAAAACGGCACCCCAGAGAUGGACACUGCCCCCCAAAACAGCACCCCAGAGAGGGACACUGCACCCCAAAACAGCACCCCAGAAACGAGCACUGCGCCCCAAAACGGCACCCCAGAGAGGGACACUGCACCCCAAAACAGCACCCCAGAGAUGGGCACUGCACCCCAAAACGGCACCCCAGAGAUGGGCACUGCACCCCAAAACAGCACCCCAGAGUGGGACACUGCACCCCAAAACAGCACCCCAGAGAUGGGCACUGCACCCCAAAACGGCACCCCAGAGAUGGGCACUGCACCCCAAAACAGCACCCCAGAGUGGGACACUGCACCCCAAAACAGCACCCCAGAGAUGGGCACUGCACCCCAAAACAGCACCCCAGAGAGGGACACUGCCCCCCAAAACAGCACCCCAGAGAGGGACACUGCACCCCAAAACGGUGCCACAGAGAUGGACACUGCCCCCCAAAACAGCACCCCAGAGAUGGGCACUGCACCCCAAAACAGCACCCCAGAAACGGGCACUGCACCCCACAAACGGCACCUCAGAGAUGGAAGGAUCCAGAACCUGCAGUGCCCCCCGACAUGGGGGUACCCCGAAGUUGGGGAUACCCCAAAAGUUGGGCUGCCUCCAAAUAUGGGACCCCAAAAGGAGGGGGAACCCGAAACCCCGACGGGCCGAGGAUGGAGCGUCAGCCCCCCAGAAUUUGGGUGUUUGGAGAACCCCGGGAAGGGACCCCGAGCACCAGGACCCCCCAAACCCAGAGGAGCAGCAGCGGCAGCGCCCCAAAAAUCGGGACACUGGGGAUGGGGGGGGACCCCAAAAAAGGGGGUGACCCCCAAACCCCGGUCACCCCAAACUCGGGACACCCCAAACCCGGGCUCGCCCAACCCAGCCCCCUGGAGGCUCCCCAAAAUCAGGGGGGUCUGGCAAUCAGGACCCCCCCAAAAUGGGGGAAUCCCCAAACCUGGGGACGACCCCCCGUGGAACCCCAAAAAUGGGGGGGUGCAAUAAAGAGCCGGAAUCGGAGCUGA